AUGCGAGCCUGCGCCCCCACCUCAAGGGCUGGCAGCCGUAUGCUGCAACAGAGACUUGCUAGCUUGACUCUGCAACCUCCAAGACUUGCCGCUACCCCUACUGCCACCUUGCGACCCUGUUCAAUUCUCACUGCCUGUCAGUCCUCCUCUUCUCGAUCCUUCGUCCACACGUCAGCUUGCAUCUCUCAAGCUGCUCCUGUUGAAAAUGCCGCCAAUGCCGCGCCAACAGCCCCCGAGGCACCGCAAGAGCCCAAAUGGAAACCAACCUCGCAGCGUGUUGGUCUCAUUGCUGUCAAGCGUGGAAUGACGUCUUUCUUCCUUCCCAAUGGCGAAAGAAUCCCGGCAACUGUUCUGCAAGUUCACUCGAAUCAGGUCUCGGCACACAUUGGCUUCGGUCCUGAUGCCACCGAAUCGACAUACACCGCACUGCAGGUCGCCGCCGUCGACACCAAAUCAACUUACCACGUCACCAAACAGAUCCAGGGUCAUCUCAAGAAAGCCGGCAUCAUCAAAGGAAAGAAGAUCAUUCGCGAGUUCCCCGUCAGCUCGGAUGCUCUUGUACCGCUCGGUACCCAACUUUCGGCUGUGCACUUCGUGCCCGGCCAAUCGGUGGAUGUACGCGCCAUUACACGAGGUCGCGGAUUCCAGGGUGUAAUGAAGCGACACGGCUUCCAUGGCCUGCGAGCAUCGCACGGUGUUUCGAUUUCUCACCGAAGUCAUGGCUCGACUGGUGCCAACCAGGAUCCGGGACGUGUAUGGCCAGGCACAAAGAUGGCCGGCCGCAUGGGAGGAAACAAGCACGGCACCAUUCACAACCUGCUCGUGGUGCGUGUGGAUGCAGAGAAAGACCUCAUCUAUGUCAAAGGCAAUGUGCCGGGUCCCAAAGGUGGCAGCGUUACUCUGCAAGACGCUCGUCGUCCUAGCUGGAAAGGCGAAAAGAUCUACAGGAGGGGACGUUUACCAACUGGUGAGGCCCUGUCCGGAAAUGAGCCUGACUCAAUCUACCUGGCACCUGGUGUGGACAAGUUGCCUUUCCCAGCUGGCACCAAGGCCAUUGCUGACAAGCUCCCCGCCAUUGUAGAGAUUGGCCUGACGCAGCUUAACUCGGCCACCAAGGCAUAA